CAUCUAUCCUGAAUUGCCACUGACGUGUGAGCCCCUCAGACCUAGUCAAGAAGAAAGAUUUAUACACCAUAACCCUCACCAUCCCAACCACCUACAAUCUCUCAUCCAUUCCCACACAUCCAAAACCAUACAGCGCCCCAUCACAAUCAAUCCAGCACUACUUUUUAUCAAACAAAAUGCCCCUCUUCCAUCACUCAAGUUCCUCCGACCGGAGCAGCAUCGACGACCCGAACACCACAUCUUCCCGGCGCCGCUCCCGCCGCUCCUCUGCCUCUCACUCAAAUCACUCAAAUCACUCCUCUUCCUCUUCCCCCUCCUCCCAUCGCCACAGCCACUCUCUCUUCGGAAGCAGCAGAAAGAAUGAAGACCAGUCCGUUUUCGCCGCGAAAGAACAAGUCUCGCGCGCAGAGGCAGCAGAACGCGAAGCCGACCGGGCACUGAUCGCUUCUCGACGGGCAGUGCGUGAAGCCAGAGAGCAUGUGAAGCGGUUGGAUGAGGAGGCAAGAGUUGAGGCGCGCGCAGCGAAGAUGAAGCAGGACCAGGUGAAGUCUAUUACGAAGAGGGCAAAGCCGCUAGGCAGACAUGCAUGAGCUGUCGCCCAUUGAUAUGGAUACC